AUGCUGUCAGGUGCGAGAUCGAAAGAGCGAUCUUCCUCCAGGAAGGUCACUCCUCCUUCGCCAUCUUACAUGAACAACGACCAGUUUGCGGCAUAUCUGGCCAACCUGCGUGACAACCGUGUCAAGAGACCUGGAGGUGCUCGGCCUCAGCCCUCAGAUUCACGACGUGACUCCGGCCGGACGUCGCUCGGGGCACGCUCGUCUCUCGGUGGAUCAACUACUCGUUCGUCUAUUGGCACUCUGCCGCCAUCGGACUCCUCCUCACACAAUAGGACUCAAUCAUCGGACGCACAGAUCCCCCCCGGCAGACCUAGCAUUUCGGCUAGCAUAUCUUCGAGAUACUCUACCGUCAGUGGAAGGGGGCGGGAUUACUACCCUGAUCGCCCUGUGCCUCCCCUCAAGCCCGGUGAGGUUGUGCCUAGCGCCACUUACAUUGAGAGAGGCCAGAGAUGGAUGGAAAAGGAGGAGGCUGUGUCACUACGGACAGCCAUGGAGGAUAUGGAGCUGAAGAGUGAACCUCAACAAGAAGAUGAAGAGCGCAUCUAUCAGGCCGCUCUGGACGAGGCGUCUGAGCUGGUAUGGCAGCACCAACACGGUGUCAAGCCACCAGAGCCUGGUGCUCCGUACCGCUACAAGCAGCAUCUCCGAAAGAAUAGCUAUGCUCAUGCCCGAACCGCCAGUGCAGGGUUCUACGGGAACGAGAUCGAGCCUAGCGGUCUCGCUCGUGACUGUUCAUCCCGUUCUGUAUCGGGAAGCUCUUCUUCUAGCGAUGGAUUCGGCUCUCGGCGGAGCAUCUCUUUGGGAUCAAAUCCCGGGGGUGAUACGGGCCCUAGGAAUAGUUUGGACCAAACGUCAGAGCCCACAAUGCGCAGACCCGCUAAGCCUUAUCACGGGCUCUCUAACGGCUCUUACAUUGCCCAGCCUGGUCGACGACGGAGCAGCAUGAAGCGAAACAUCAGCGGCGAGGUCCAGAAGCCUUUUUCAGGCGAUCAGAUUUGGGAAGAGCCCGAGGGUUCGUCUCCAGGAAGAUUUGGAUCUCCUGGCAUGAUGGAACAGGUUCAGCCCCUUCGGACCAAGCCCAAGAAUCCUCUGAACCGCGUGCAAUUUGCUGCGGGAGUACCUGCUGUUGUUGAUUCGCCUCCACCUCCACCGCCCAAGAUGCACAAAUACGAGAUUCAUCGCAACCCUCCUACACAAUCCCGCAAUCCUCUUUACACUACCAACUCACGUUCAGAGAGCCCUGUCGAGCGCGAUGACGUGCCAAGGAAGCACGGAGUGGAAGUGCGUGGCGAUGAUAUUCGUCAGGCGACGAGCAUGAGGCUCAAAGAUCGCAGCCCCAAACUCCCCACUCCGACGGCUGUCAGUGACAGCCCAGGACGACCUAUCGUAAGCUUUAACAAAGAAUGGAAGGCCCCGGAGGAGGCAACUGAUGAGAAGCCAGACCAAACCAGAGGCGGUUCAUUCGGCACCUCCCGGGGCCGACAAGACCACCAAGCCCACCCGAUCCCUUCUAUCGCUGUUACGGAGGCUCGUCAGCAGACGCCGUCCUCGUCAUCACGUAGCAUUCCCACGCCGUCUAUCCAGAUAGACGCGCCAAGCAGUGGCACGCCAAUCCCUACCAUUGCUUUCCCCGAUGAGACACCUUCCAUUCCCGCGAUUUCUAUUUCUUCUAGCGAGACACCCCCGAUACCUACAAUUGUAACCCCUGACGACUCCGGGGACGGUCCGAACAUCCCCAUCAUUGUGACACCUGACGAUAACACAGGCUCCGGGUCUAAUCGACCCUUACCAACGCCCCAGAAAGGGCGACCCGGCGCCCGUCCAGCUACACGACCACGAGGACACUGGUCUCCGGCGCCUUCCGCAGCUGUGGGCAGCCGAGCAACAGCCAGAUGUCAUGAGUGCGGUUUCCCUAUCGAGGGGCGGUUCGUUGCUUUGGCCGGCUGUUCUGAGCGCUUCCAUCCACAAUGUUUCUCCUGCUAUGCUUGUGGCACCGGUCUCGAAGCUCUUGAGAUUAGCCCCGAGCCUGAACCGGCACGAGCUGCUCGGCUCGAACGCAUCCGCCGUCGUGCCGCGGGCGAGAUCCUGGAGGAGAGGCCAGGGGAGACGAUGGCCGAGGAUGGAGAUGAGCGCCUUCGAUUCUAUUGUCACUUAGACUGGCAUGAGCUGUUCGCGCCCCGCUGCAAGCAUUGCACCACCCCUAUCCUCGGCGAACACAUUGUUGCGCUGGGUGAGCACUGGCACUACGGACACUUCUUCUGUGCUGAGUGUGGUGACCCAUUUGAGCAGGGCAUGACGCAUAUUGAGAAGGACGGUUAUGCUUGGUGCAUCAACUGUCAGACGAAACGCACCGAGCGACGGGCACCCAAGUGUAAGAAAUGUCGGACGGCCGUAAUCGGGCAGUAUAUUCGCGCUCUUGGUGGAGAGUGGCAUGACGAGUGCUUCCGCUGCAAUACCUGCCACGGUGGAUUUGAUGACGGCCAAAUUUUCCCAAGAGAGGAGGCUGGAGAGACAAUCGUAUUGUGCACGAGGUGUCGAGAGCGAGAGUUAAAGAUUUAA